GGGUUUGUACGUAAACAAGUUCAUCGGGCCUAUUCCAACUACAUUUGGGAGCCUUUCUCAUUUGGAAACCCUCAUCAUCUGGAGGUGGAGGCGGCGGGGGUGUACCAAUAGGAGCCAUCAUCGGCAUUGCUGUUGCUGCUGUAGUCGUUCUCCUCCUGCUUCUGGCUGCCAUGCUGCUCUGCUUCAGGCGCCAGAAGCAACGAAGUUCAAGAG